AUGUCUUUAGCUCGUCAAAACUAUUCUGAAGAGUGUGAAGCGGCCGUUAACCGUCAGAUUAACUUGGAACUUUACGCCAACUAUGUGUAUUUGUCUAUGGCCUACCAUUUUGACAGAGAAGAUGUGGCCCUUCCAGGCUUCCUCAAGUUUUUCCAAAAAUUGUCUGAUGAGGAGAGGGAACGUGCUGAGAAAUUGAUGAAGUAUCAGAACACUAGAGGUGGCCGAGUUCUUCUGCAGGACGUCAAGAAACCAGACUCCCAAGAAUGGGGCAGUAGCCUGGAUGCUUUGACAUCUGCUCUACAGCUACACAGGAGCCUGAACCAGUCACUGUUAGAUCUACAUCAUGUUGCAGAAAAUAGUAACGAUGCACAGCUUGGGGACUUCAUUGAGGGUGAAUUCCUGGCAAACCAAGUGAAUGCCAUCAAACAGAUGACGGAUUUGAUUGCUCAACUGAAUCGUGCUGGCAGUGGACUAGGUGAAUACUUGUUUGACAAGGAGACUCUACAAAAACUGGCAUGA